AUGGAACGUCAAGCUCCGUUUCUGAAGAGUGUGUUGCGAGAAGCGGACAAUCAUAAACGACAAGAAUUGUUACGAAUGGCCAAUGCGGAUCAGAUUAAUGCCAUCAGUGAAUUGGUCAUGAACACGAUCCGCGGAACCGUGCCCCGUUCUCGACACACCAUCACUUUGCUGAAACCCCAUGCUCAGAGUUUAAGAGCAAUGGCCAAACCAGCUCAUUCGGUCAAACGUCGACGCGCUAUCAUGAUGUCUCAAAAAGGAGGAACUCUCUGGUCCGAACUCUACCGAUGCUAUAAACGUACCAUGCGUUAGACAUUGUACCUCAUUUACACCAUGGAGCAAGAGAUGGUGAGCACCUCUGUGGACAAUGCUCCGGCUUUUUUACAAUUACGUGACAAGUACAAACAAGAGUUGGUGGAAGAUACUCGCUUGACCAAAGCGGCAGAUUUAGCUGCCAAACAACAUGUGCUCUUGGCCAGUGAUGUGCCCGAUGCGUGGAAACGGCCUCAACUCAAAGCCGUGGGUCGUCAAUUACGCCAUUGGACCAAAAAAGUACGCCAACCGUUUGGUGCCCCUGUCAGUGGGGUAAGUGCUACAGGCACCCCUGCGACUGAAACGGGCGAAGAUGAGUUUGAUGCUGGCCCAGUGCAAGCUUGGUUGACGCAACUAGUCAAGGCUAGCCAGGGUAUAAAACAAAGUGCUUCUCCUGCAGGACCCUCCAGACCCGGUAGAAAACCACGCGUACCACCCAAACCCAUUAUCACCCCGAGUGCCAAAAAGAAA